AUGUCCGACGCGCAAGCUACCACCGAUGCUUCCACCGUUGAUGAAGCAAACGUCCCCAAGCCUAUGGAAGAGGCUCUGGCCGUGUUCCAGAAGAUCCAAGCCCGCUUCGAAGGAAUCGAGCAGCAACAAACCACCAAAGAUGGUGCUCUAAAGAACUUUUCUCGCUCCAUCCCCCAGGACGAUCUCAAGCACCCAAAUUAUGUGAAGAGAUUAUACAAUAUUUUCAUAUCUACCAUCACUAUGUACAGGAAGAUUGCUGAGGAAGAGCUUGAGACUGAGGCAGAGGAGUGGCUUACGGACCGGCGAAAGGAGGAGAACCGUGAGGAUGUGAUUGAAGAUCCGUUUGAUUUUUCUAUGGAUAGACUCCCCGGCCCAAUGGGUAUCGCACCUGCCCCAGAUCAUUUCACUUUCCGACGUCCUGGCAGCUGCGUCUUCGUGCAAGUUUGA